CCAGUACUUGCCGGGCGCGCGGGGAACAGCACAAGCGCACAGUUCUCCGUGAGGUCAGCGCCGCCAUGUCUAAUAAGAGUAGAACUCCGGCUCGGGCUCGCCGCUUUCUGACUUCGAGUCCCACCUGCCAUCCACCAGACCACGGAGCUGAGCUGGACGCGUGGGUUCUACCCUGGUGGGCUUCCCAGAGACAGCAACACUCUGUCUGCACAUCCCGCGCCCGGCAGGAUGGCAAGGAGCCGCAUCUGGCCGAACACGGGUUUUCCCACUGCCUGGAGGCUACCUCAGCAGAGGGCACAAGAGCUGCAUCCAGAAGGCAGGGCCCCAACCCCUGUAGCUGGUGGCCCUUAACACUGCCCUCAACCCUGAUAUGUGAGGAGCAGUAGCCUUGGGCCUCCCACUGGGGUCUGCGGUUAUGGAGAGGGGCUAUGGCCCCAGAGGGACCCUCUCUAAUUCUUGGGGGCCCUGCCUGGUCCUGGGGGCUGCACCUGGAGUGGUGAUGACUGGGGAGAAAGCAGGAAGGCUGGGUGAAGGAAGUGGCACCUUUCACUCUCACACUGAGCAGGAUACAGAGGGGACCCCCACAACUCUGCCUCUUACUCUUUGAAAGCUGACAGGGCCCACUCCUUCAGCAUAGAAAUUAGAACAGAAUCAUACAUGGCCGGUUUGGAGCCUGUGACCUGGCUACUGGUGGUCAUUUGAUAACGUACAUCUAUAUAAACGUCACAAGGGUCUGCCGUGCAUUGGAGGGACAUGAAUUCAGAACAAUCUCACAGACAUGGGUUCGUGGUGCCUGUGAUUUGGGAGUGCAAGACACAAAUUAGGGAAGAAACGGGGAUGUAGAUUGAGGAAAAGGAAUCCGAAACCUUAAAUGGAAGAGAAAUCUGGACCUGGAUUUGGGAGGACUCAGAGGCAGGAAUUGGAGAACGAGUAGAAACGAAUAUUGGGAAAGAACCAGACAUUCGAAUUUAUCCCCCGACCACCUCACCGCUGAGCUGGCUGCCUUCAGUUCCUGCCGAAAUUCCUUUAUGUCUCCCCUUUUUACAGCUUCCAAGACUGUUGAGGAAAUUUGGUCGACCCAUCCAGGAUGCCACUUUAAUGGCUCCUGGGACCCUUUUCCUUCCCGGAAACUGCUAGCCCCUCCAUUUCUGCUCAGCUUUUGCACAUCCGGCCCCAGUUUUCUGAGUUGGAGGCUGGCCCCAGGAUUGAGGCUCCAGCCCAGGAUGCUGAGCAUGGAAGAAUCUGUAGGCCCUCAAGAGAGGCCUGAGGUGGAACUGAGCACCCUUACAGAGGACAGAGCUGGGAAACCCCCUCUCAGGGAUGGCAGGUGGCAGGACAACUUCCUCAGGCCACAGGCUCCCAAGACUGUGGCCUUGGCAGGAGCCCUGACAAUUCGAAGGAGCUGGAUUCCUUGUGUGGGAGCCUACUUCCUCUCUAGUGCCCUGCGUGACCAAGGGUCUCACUCCUGAAGCACCCUGUGUGUAACCACUGAAUGUAGUGGGGUGCUUUUCUGUUGCUACUCCCAGUAUUAGUCCUGAGGAGGGUGGGGGACCCCCCUUAGGCAACAGGCUUCUGUAACAGUGGGAAGGGUAUGCAGACCAUCCGUAGACCUCUCACCAGCACCUACCCAGAUAAGGCCCUCACACCAGUGCCCGCCUUCAGUUGGACCUCCAGCUUCCUUAAGUACAAGCAACUUCACACCUGACCCAACAGCAAUAAGGCCUUUGUGUGGUGGGUAGACCUGCGGCAGCACCAGAUAAUUCACUCCAGGGAGAGGCCCUUUCUAUGCACCCAGAGAAGGAAAUCCUUUUGGAAGAGCUCAGUGCUGCUCCAGCAGCAGGGCACACACUGGCAUGAGAUGUCCCAAUUCUGGUCAGCCUCCUCACACAUCAGAAGAUCCGAAGUUCCGGCAGUGAGAAGCCCCAGGGAGUGCACUGAGACGUUCAGGCAGUGGUGGAACCUGCUCACACACUGGCACCCCAUACAGAGAGCCAGAGAUUGUGUUCCUUUGUGGCAACUGUGGCAAGGCCUUCGUGAGCUACCAGAAUAGGCACAUGGACAAACAGCCUUCCAAGUGCCAUUCAGGCACAACUCACUCAACUUCAUUGAGUAUGGUAAGCCCCACGCAGAUUUCCAAACCAAGCCCUUUGUCCUUGGAUAGGGCCAAGGAAUAGAUGGGCAUAAGAUGAGGAUGAUGUCAGUGGGUGAGGCCUGACCAGCUUAUUCUACCGAGGUGAGCAAGUGGGGUUAGCAUUACUUUUGGGGCUGGAGGCCGUGGCUCUCAAACGGGGGUGCACAUACUAGAAUCAACUAUGGGGCUUUGACACCCAGAUACUCGAGCUCCACUCCUGGCAGUGUGGCAAGUAGCUCGCUCACUGGGACAUGUCAGAACCCAAGCGUUUCCCACCCCAGCGAGGCAGGGAAUGGCCGAUCGUUUCUGCGUCCAGACCUCCCAGAAGUAUGACUGGGAGCAAGGGCUAUCAAUCAUCGUAACGACCAAUCAUCCGUAUUCUGGGGCUUGGUGGGCGGAACCAUGCUCAUUCUGGACGCCGUCUCCUUGGUGACGACGUAGAGUCCAGCCUCCUAUUGGGUGUAGCGUGCUUCGGUUGCCAUGACUACCGGGAGCACGGAGGGCAGAGCGCGAGGGGACUACAUUGCCCGGCAGUCCCGGGGAGGGCCCCAGCCCACCCUCAAGGCGGAGCCAACUUCUCAGUGCAGCGGCGGCCCGGAGGAACGAGAAAGGCUCUGCGCGGCGUGCGGGGACCAGGGGACCUGCGGGCCACCCCCAGCGAAUCCUAUAGCAGCUCACCGUGGUGGCGGCUGGCUCGGGAUGGAGGCUGGAGCCCCGAACUACCUGCGGGGAAGCAUUCUCAAGGCGGAUCCCCCGGAAACCGACAGGGGCCAGGAGGAGAGGCCCAAGACAGAGCCGAGGCCCCCGGCAGAGGCCCUAGCCCAGAGAUGCCCCUCUCAGGAGGGGGACCUGCACGGCUGGACAGGGGGUGGCAGGACGACCCCCCCAGACGGGGACUCCCAGAGCUGGGGCUUCUGUGUGCAGUGCAGCCCAAAAACCCGGCAGAGUGCUGGAGCUGGACGCCCCUUGCAGGAGCUGCGCGGCCUCACCCCGUCUCAGGACCCCGACCUGGUCACUCCCCAGAGGCCGCACCCUGCGGAGGGCCCCUGUUGGAGCCCAGCGGGUGCGAGGCCCUGCAGCCAUAACCGCUGCCUGGCGCGGCAUCGCAGAGCACCCCUUGGGGAGGAGCUCCCCGUGGGUGACCACCGUGCGGUCCAGGCGUCCCUGUGGCGCUGCCCCCAGCGCGGGGAGGUCCACGCAGACUGUCCGUGGGGCACAGGCGCCCAGCCCUUCCCAAGCCGCCCCGAGCAGAGUGCCCUGGCCGGGCCGCCCGGCGCGUGCGGCCGCGCCUUCAGCCACCGCUCCAACCUCAACAAACACCAGAGGCGGCACCGCGCCGCGCCCUGA